AUGUCACAAAAAAUAACGUUGCCGAAAGUAAUCUUUGGAACUAGUGCAUUAGGAAAUUUAUAUGUGGCACUUGAAGAUAAAGUUAAACUUGAAGUAGUUACAGCAUGUAUUCAGUAUACUUCACCACAAAAACCAGUUGUAUUUGACUGUGCUGGAAAAUAUGGAGCUGGAUUAGCUUUAGAAACAUUAGGUAAUUGUCUCAAAACGUUAAAUAUAAAGCCAGAUGAUGUGCUGAUUAGUAAUAAGCUUGGUUGGUAUAGAACUAAUGAACUUCAAAAUGGAGCAGAACCUACAUUUGAACCGGGCGUAUGGCGUAAUUUGAAAUAUGAUGCAGUACAGAAGAUUAGCUACGAAGGUAUACUCGAAUGCUACGAACAAGGCAACCAGCUAUUGAAUGGAUACAAAGCUGAACUUGUAUCGGUACAUGAUCCUGAUGAAUAUAUUGCAGGAGCUCAAAAUCAAACAGAAAAGGACAAACGUUACAAUGAUAUUAUUGAAGCUUACCGUGCACUUAAUGAAUUGAAGAACCGAAAUGAAGUCAAAGCUAUUGGUAUAGGAUCAAAAGACUGGAGAAUAAUAAAACGUAUUGUCAACGAUGUUAGUUUAGAUUGGAUAAUGAUUGCUAAUAGUAUGACUGUACAUAGUCAUCCUCAAGAACUAGUUAGUUUCAUGGAAGAACUACAACAGCGUGAAAUAAUUAUUAUUAACGCAGCAUUGUUUAACGGUGGCUUUCUAGUUGGUGAAGAUUAUUACAAUUAUAGAUUGAUGGAUCCACAGCAUGAUCGACAACUGUUUCAAUGGCGUACAGAUUUUUUUAAAUUGUGUGAUAAAUAUCAAAUUAAGCCGGUUCAAGUAUGCAUCCUAUUUGGACUAAAUGCACCAGGAGUUAAAAGUAUUGCUUUAAAUACUGCAGAUAUUAAUCGUAUUAAAGAGAAUUUAGAUGUAGUAGCACUGGGAAAUAUGGUUAUACCGUCAAAUUUUUGGAAAGAAAUGAAAGAAUAUGGAUUAAUGACAAUAACUAUAUUUAUUUGUAAAAGUAUUAUUACAUAA